AUGAUGCGUACGGCAGAUACGCAUACACGGGAACCCAUCUGUCAAUGGUGCAGACGAGGAGUGCCACCUGGUCAAAACGGAAUCCUUGGCACAACGGAGGGCACCAUCUUCUGUUCGGAGUCAUGCUUUUCGCAAAGUCGCCGAGCCUCAUUCAAGAGGGCUAAAACGUGCGACUGGUGCCGCCAUGUGCGACAUGCCGUCAGCUACGUAGACUUCCAGGAUGGCGUCACGCAGUUACAGUUCUGUUCGGACAAAUGUUUAAAUCAGUACAAGAUGCAAAUCUUUUGUAAUGAAACGCAAGCUCAUUUGGAUAUGAAUCCGCAUCUGAAGGAGAAGUGUGCUUCGACAGGCAGCCUCAUAACCCCAGAUCUCUGGUUGAAGAACUGCAAGAGCCGUUCCGUAUCGCCGGCGUCAGAUCGAUCAGAAUCCGUUUCUCCAGCACCGUCGAUACCUAUGCAUCCAUCUCCGGAACCCUCCCCAUCGAUGCAAUCACCACCUACCAAAAAGCCAAUGAUCUCCGUUGCUCCUGCUUCUAAGCUGCUUUCCAAGACCGUGCAGGUACCGGUAGGCCGAAGUACCACUAAAGCAACCCGGAAACGCCGGCCCGGGUUGCGUCCUAUGCAACAAGCCGUCCUCCAGAAUAGACGAAGUUCAAAUCACAAAUUUGAUUUUUCCCAGUCCAACAACAACAACAACAAUAACUCCAACGUGAUGAACAACAACCUUGCAUCUCCAGGAUCUACCAUGCUUCCUAAACCGGCCACAAUUACCAGUGGAGGCAUCCAAGAUUUACGGACAGCGAUUCCGAUGCAGAAACUACCCCACUCAAUGACCCCAACCAAGUUCGAGAACCGAGAAUCGCCAACUACACCUCGACCUCCCCUCAACAUCCCUCAUAAGUUCCUGCAAAUGCCCCCGAAUCCCGCUAUGCGACCACCAUUUUUUCCCAUGAACCCCAUGUUCCGUUUUGGAUCUCUUCCAAAUCAACCGAACGCCAUGCCGCCACCUCCGCCAGUCGGAACGCCCUUACCCAAUAUGGAUCCCGGACCAUCUAAUCGCCCUCCAGGAUCAAUCCUGGGUCUACCAGUUCCACCAGUAACCAUUCUUGUCCCAUGUCCCAUCGUGAUACCUCUUCCCAUACCCAUCCCUAUCCCCAUCCCAUUGAUCGACUUCCUCAAGGCAACAAACCCAAAGUCUCCGAAGCAAGAACCUUCCACAAGCCGAUCACCGGAUCCCCGCCUUGAGGACGUCAGCGACCCGGAACGGGAACCUGACUCGGAAGAAUCGCCCCUAGACUUCACGACCAUCACCCACGAGCAACGGCGGCAGCAGGAUCUGGAGCAGGAAGAAGCUUUGGCCGCCAGUCGCAAUAGCUACACCUUGGAGUCGAUCGGAGUUGUUCCGGACGAUACGAGGACUUCCGCGGAAGUGGACCGAAGUCCGGAACAUAAACUGCCCAAAUUCAAGAUAACCCGGUUGAACCUGCGACGGGUGGCGGAGAGCGAAGAGGAAACGCCGCGAACAGUCUGUGGGCCAGUACGGGAGCAGCGUCUGUCACCGGAAGAGGAGGAGGCGGAGAACUGUCGGGAGAUGGUGGUGGAACGAAGUCGACCGUUGAGGAAACGGAAACGCCUGGUGGUGGCCCAUCAUGAAGCGAUGGCGGCCGAGCAGGACGAGGAAACUGGUGGUGCUAAAGGUUAAGUAGGGUUAGUUGUAUAGGAUUGUUUGUAGGUUCCAAUGUUACAAUUUGUCACAACUCUAGGUAUUUAUAGGAUAUUUGUAAAAGUAGAUUCUUCUGUAUAGAAUAAGCCAAAGUUGGGCGUAAAGUUGAUCUUGGACGAUGUUGUUCCAGUUUUUCCGAAAAUUAAGGGGCUUCAAGUAAUUUACCAGCACUACGCGAUUCCCAGAUGAAGAUUACUUUUCCAAUGCUACAGCCCUGUAUUGUGACAUCACCUAAUUUUUGGUUCUCAAUUCCGCUAGUGACCUCUGCUGUACAUAGUAGCCAUUACGUCUCCAUUCUACUCGGUCCAUGUCUGUGUGUCUCCAGUUCCGUACCCUGCGUACGGUCCGCAAAUCGUCCUCCGUUUGAUCGGCCCACCUAGCUCGCUGCGCACCACGACUUCUUGUACCGGUCGGAUAACUCUCGAGAACCAUUUUAGUCGGGUUGCAAUCCGACAUCCUGAUGACGUGACCCGCCCACCGUAGCCUCCCGAUUUUUGCGGUGUGGACGAUGGUUGGUUCUCUCAGCAGCUGAUCCAAUUCGUGGUGCAUUCGCCUUCUCCAAUUCCCGUCUUCCAACUGUACUCCGCCGUAGAUGGUACGCAACAGUGGGCUUCGUGGCCGUGCGGUUAGCGGCGUCAGUCGUUUAGGCGUAUUGUGAGUGCCACGGAGUGAGGGUUCGAUUCCCGCUCCAGUCGGAGGAAACUUUUCGUCAAACGAAAAAUCCUUCAUUGGUCCACUGGGUGUUCCGUGUUGUCCGUUGCCUAAUGUUAGUGAUUGUUCAGUCUGUGCAACCUCUGGUUGAAGACGGUGUAGUGUCUUUUAAA